UAGCACGUGGUUAUCAGGUGCAUCUGCCCUUGUUCUUUCUUCCGCGAUAGAGUAGCCCGAAGAGGUGAGUCGCCGGCGGCUGGGAGAGUGAAGCGGAGGAGGCGAUGGAGGCGAUCGAAGUCGCGAGACCCACUGCUCAUCAACUCCUCGAGGAUACGAGGGUGGAGAUGGAGGCUGUGGCGUCCAAGAUGCUGUUCAUCAAGGAGGAAGGGAGUUCCAAAUCUGAGCUCCGCGAGCUCAUCACCCAGAUGUCCCUCCACUUCAUCACCCUACGAAAGGUCAAUCGGUCGAUUUUGGUGGAGGAGGACUGCAUCAAGGCGGCGACGGAGGCUGCGAAGGGCCCGGUGGAUACCACCACGCUGCAGCUUCACAACCUCCUGUAUGAGAAGAACCACUACCUGAAGGCUAUCAAGGCUUGCAAAGAUUUCCGGUCCAAGUAUCCUGAUAUUGAGCUCGUGCCUGAAGAAGAAUUCUUCAGUAGCGCGCCGGAGGAAAUCAAGGGGAAGGCUAUGGCUGACGACGUGGCACAUGAUUUGAUGUUGAAGAGGCUCAACUUUGAGCUAUUUCAGAGAAAGGAGCUUUGCAAGCUUCACGAGAAACUGGAACAGCAUAAAGCAAGUCUUCUUGAUGCCAUAUCUGGUAGAAAGAAGUUUCUAUCAAGUCUACCAUCACAUUUGAAAUCUCUGAAGAAAGCAUCUUUACCAGUGCAACAACACCUGGGGAUUUCCCAUACCAAGAAAUUGAAGCAGCUUCAUGCAGCAGAAUUUCUUCCACCACCUCUUUAUAUAGUGUACUCACAACUUUUGGCACAGAAAGAAGCAUUUGGAGAGAAGAUUGAAAUGGACAUUUUGGGGAGUGUGAAGGAUGCUCAAACCUUUGCUCUGCAACAAGUAAAUAAGGAAAAUGGUUCAUUAUCAAAUCUUGACAAUGCCAAGUUGGAGGAUGAUGCACCUGAUGAUGAUGAAGAUGUCCAAAGAAGACGAAAGAGGCCAAAGAAGAAUGUGGUGAAGGAUAGUGUUGAACAGGCAGGAAUCUGCCAACUUCAUCCACUCAAAAUCGUUCUUCAUGUUUAUGAUGAUGAAUAUACUGGGGCAAAACCAAGUAGACUAAUCACUUUGAAGUUUGAGUACUUGGUAAAAUUAAAUGUUGUUUGUGUCGGGUUUGAGGAUACAGAUGAAAAAUCAGACAGCAAUAUCUUAUGUAACUUAUUUCCUGAUGAUACUGGCUUGGAUCUUCCUCACCAGAUGUCUAAGCUUUAUUCAGGAGAUUCUUUGGCCUUUGGUGAAAAGGGGACAUCUUAUCCAUACAAGUGGGCACAACAUUUAGCUGGAAUUGACUUUUUGCCUGAGGUCCCUCCCAUCAAUGUGAAUGGCGAUCAUUUAAAUGCUGGGCUCAUCAACGUAUCAGAUUUUAGCUCUGGGCUUGCAUUAUAUCGCCGCCAGAAUCGGGUUCAGACCAUUUUGCAGAGAAUUCGUUCAAGGAAGAAGGCUCAGAUGGCUCUUGUGGAGCAGCUCGAUUCCUUGGCAAAGCUCAAGUGGCCUUUGCUAAUUUAUGAUAAUGUUCCAUGGGCCUCGCAUACUCCUGUGUGUACCUUGCAAAAAUGGUUGCCGGCUGGGCUCAUUCCUGACUCAUCUUUCUCAACUUCUAUAGCAGGACAAGCUACAAACAAUGUUGAUCUUGACAUGGACCGGAGAUCAGUUACGUCAUGGGAGGUAGAAAAUGCGAGAGAAGAUGGGGAACUUCCAACUGCAUUACCUGUCGCAACAAUGCCAGUUGAUGCUCCAGUCUCCUUAUCGAGUGAACCAUUGCAGCUUGUUGAUCGAUCCAGAAGCUUGGCUUUGAUGUCAAAAAAUGUCACGCCUGUGAGUAUGAUCAAAACUCGAAGUUUUUCGAAAUACGAAGAUGAGUUGGAACUUGUACUGGAUAGUGAUAGUGAAGCAGAGGAGCAAGCAUACAGCAAUCAUCUGAAUGAAAAUGCAUCAUCUGUGGUUAGCAAUCCAUGGGAAGACUCUGCUGCAAAAGAAUUUGAUUUUAUUCUUGGUAGAAAUCAUGGAAAAGACAGUGUCGUAAAGUUGAAUACUAAGGUCAAGAUCAGCAUAGAAUACCCUCUAAGACCUCCAAUUUUCAGUUUGAGCAUCGACUCAGGUCGUUCGGAAUGGUACAAUGUUCUUCGCGCCAUGGAAGCCGAGCUUAAUCUUCAUAUCCUUCGCGUUCUACCGCUUAAUCACGAGAAUUUCAUCCUUGCACAUCAAAUUCGGUGCCUAGCUAUGCUGUUUGAUUUUCACUUCGAUAAACACGAUGCGAAAAGAAAGAGCACCUCUGUGAUGGAUGUUGGAUUGUGCACGCCGAUCAGUGGAAUGAUACUCACGAGAUCUGUGAGGGGAAGAGACCGAAGAAAAAUGAUAUCUUGGAAUAGUAUAGGUUGUAUUCCGGGUUACCCCUCUUAAGAUUUGCUCAAGUAAAACUCAAGGUUUCUCUUGAAUCUAUCCAUCCCUAAUGUUUUAAGAAGUAUGGUAUAAAUGAGAUCUACUUCUUUUGCCUUUUGUUUUGUUUAGUAAAGAGAUGUUUAACAAUACUUUAUUUAAUAUCGAUGCAUUGGCAAUGUUUGUUUGCUUUGCUAAUGCUAAAUUGUUUUGUUGA